GUUAUGAUGCUUCAGUACUCGAACGAGCAGCUGGCGACGAUAAUCGGCGUGCCGAUCGUGACGAUCUUGCUGAUAUGGACCGUCGCGAUCUUCCACAAGAAUCGGAAGAAGUGGAGCUCGUACGACAUUGCCAUCGUGGCCGUUUUGGUGCAGAGCAUUUUGAGGAACCUCGCGAUUUUGGCGUACACCGCCUUGAUAAUCGUGAAGAAUAGUAGCAUUCCGGCGGACUACUGCAAGGCGGUGGUGUGGAUCUUCAACUCGAUCCACACCUUCCAGGCCAGCUCGCUGACAACCCUGGCAGUCAUUGCGCUUUUCACCGUAAGGCUUUACAGGAAGCAGCAGAGCUUGCAGAUGUAUCUGACAGCGACGCACGUCAUUUAUCACCUUUUCUGCCUCACGACACUGUGCGCGUGCGUCGGCGUCGCCUCCAUCUUGGCCCAAGAGGACAAGAAGAACAUCAGCUUCAACCUUCAGCCCAGCGUCAGCGACGUCGCGUGCAAAUUCAUGCCGUUCGACCUCGACGUCAAAUUUAACAUCUUCAUCAUCGUGCUUCACAUCUUCCUCGCCAUGGUCUCACUAACCGCUUUCAUCUUCAUCUGCUUCAAUCACCUCAAAAUGCGCCACCAGGGCUUCGACUAUCUGAAAAAGUCGACGUCCGACCUAAGCGAGCUGAGCCUCUCCCUGACCGCAUCGGUCAACGAAAAUUUGACCAAGAACUAUUACGACACGUACACAAUACAGCGACUUCCGCACAAUUUCGACGUUAGUUACGAUAGUCAAGUGCAAAAUCGCGAACCGAUGUGGAACAGUGAUCUUUCGAACAUUUCGAUGACCGUGAGUUCAACAAACAGUAAACGACCGUGUCUGAAAAAGCCUUUACAGGAUGAAGAGGAAAGUGGAACCGGAUUGUAUACGAUGUAUCCGAUCCUAACCGUCUGCUACUUAUUCAACCACAUUCCGCUAAUUCUGAUCUGCAUCUUCCCAAGGAUAAUCUCCCCGUGGCCGGUGUCCGGGGUAACUCUAUGGAUGGGUCAACUUCAAGACGUCCUCAUACCGGUCGGUUUGGGUUUGGUCGACACCCGCUUCUGCAAAUGGGUCUCGAAGGUCUACAAGUGCGCCGAGAGAUGCAAACACAGUGAGAAAAUACCUCCAGGUGUCGGCCUCGACGGUAAAUUUCGCCCUUUCGGUAGCCAACCGCAAAGCCUGGAAAUCGCGCAGUCCUUUCCGGAGCGCAUCCGACCCGAGCCGAAGUUUCCCAUCACCAAUGGCUCGCUGUAUACGAGCAUCGAUGGUAGGUUGCCGAUCAUCCACAACUAUCGCCGUACCAAAGACAGAAACGGGUGCAUCAAGACCAUGCCAGCGAAUUCGCUCAACGUCAACUUGCACUCGUCCCAUCUGCGGCGGCAGGAGUACGUCCGGCCUCGCCGAAUUCAACCCGUAAUGCAAGAGCCACCGCGAGCCUCGUGCGACAAGUGCGAGAUGCAAGGAGGCCCUCAGCCCUGCCAGGCGGCCCUCUCCGCCUUCGUGACUCAACCGAAUGUGCGCCGAGACGUUAGCUUCAGCAAGCAGCGCACCAUCGAACUGCGCAAGCGCAUCAGUGUCAGCGAGGACAGUCUUUACCAGCUCACGGUUCUGGACAGCAGGUCUCCGGUACUCUCCAAGUCCGACAUUAACCGACCGAGGCUCGUCAAGCGCAACAAGCUCGCCGGACGCAUGACGAAGAGUCAAGACUGCCUGAACGAUCUGCAGGUCGACCUGCACAAAUUCAGGCAGAAUCCCGAAGCCUUCCAGAAGCGGCAGGACUCCCGCCGGUCGGAGUGCGUGAGCUCGGACGAGGAGUACUUCACCGACAGCGUGACCGUCAACGACGCGAGCGGCGAGUACGACGAAUCCUCCCAGAGCAGCUACUCUAUAACCACCGAGGCGAAUUGCGACUUCGACUUCUACCAGAGCAAGGCAGUCGACGGAAUGCUGCUCGGUAAGGGUCGCGAGUCGGACGGUUACUCGAAAGGAGAUCCGGCGAAUUAUAGAACGUACGCCCGAGCUGACCUCAGGAUAACGAGGUCGAAUUCCAAAAGGUCACUGGAGAGCUUUCAGGCGUACGUCGAAGGGGAGAACGUGGUCCAGAAGAUUCAGCGCUCCAACUCGUUCAUGACGGUCGGCGAGCACGAUCGCAACGGACGUUAUGGCGGUACUCGCCGAACAACACCGAAGGUGUGCACUCAGAACAUUAAAUAUCUACAGGACGUCUACAACCAGAAUGACCUGGAGGAGAAGCAAUCGAAACCCGCCGCUUACAGCUUCAGCGUACCCGAUUUCAAGAAGAUUUUCAUCUCGGAGUAUAUUUAGUUGUUUACCGGUAGACCAACAUUCAAUUUCUUGGAUGACACCAUUGCUCUUUGUAAGAGGUUCCAGUAUACGUUAAAAUAAGUCUUAGUGUAGACUCGCUCCGUUGCAGUUGUACAUAUCAUGAUGUAAAUAAUAAUGACAAUAAAGUAACGGAGUUAUUGAAACUC